AUGGCAUCCGACCCAUCUCAGCUCCCGCCAGGUUUCGAGAUCCCAGGCCAAAAUACCCUCAUCGCUCAUGCGUCAAUCAUGUGCCUGGUCUUCGUCCUCUUCAUACCGAUCGCGGCACUUACCGUGCGUGCGCCUCUCAACAAAAUUCGAGUGACCAGACUUCACGCACCAGUUCAAAUUGCGAACGUCGUUCUCGCCGUGGUUGGCAUGGGCUUGGGCUCUUCGGUCGCCACGACUCGCCACAUCCCCAAAGGCUCGACGCCCCACAUCUUGCUGGGCUAUGUGAUUGUCGGUCUCCUUGUCGCGGUGCAGCCGGUCCUGGGUAUCCUGCAGCACUUGUACUUCCGCAAGGCUGAGCGACGUGGAAUCUUCGGCUGGAUCCAUUUGCUCCUUGGGCGCUUAAUCUUGAUCCUUGGUUUGGUCAAUGGUGCAAGAGGGUUCAAGUUGGCCCGCGAUGGGGAGACGGCAUCGUACUAUGCGGUUCUUGGGUUGGUAUGUGCCGCUUAUAUUGGUGUGUUGCUUUGGGAUUGGCGAGGUCAGAGAUAUUGGAAAGAUAGGAAGUCCGCAAGGUCAGAUAUGCCGAACACAGACUCUACGAACGCUCGUAGGCCUGGCGACGAAGAGAUUGACCUGCACAGUCGAGCAGGAUAG